AUGAGAGUCGCCGGUGCCGACGUAGCCAUGUCAAGAAGACUUUCGACGACGGAAUCCCCCGGAAGGCGUUGCAACUCCAUGGAGGAGGCCUCUUCGAGCAGCGUCUCGCCGUCGAGCAAGAGCUCCGGCUCGCCCGUCGACCAGAAGGCCAAGAAGACUCCGAUCAGGCCGAAAGCCGCACGUCAUGCAAGAAGAAAGGCUAACUCCGCCUUCUCUCAGUCUCGCAGCGGAGGCUACAAGGAGCUGGACGAGCCCCUGCGAGUCCCAAGCCCCAACCAGCUCAACAAAAUGCUCCAAGGCGUCGAGUUGGGAGGUCCGAGAUCUGGGAUAAAGAAACUUUCUUUCCUGAAUUAAACAAAGUCCGAAAAAAACUCAUAUGCGCUUCUUAGCUUGUUUAGAAGAAGCUAGGAGGUCUGAGAAUGUAAAAUUAGAAAAAAAAAGUUGAAAUCUUGCUUGGAAAUAAAGUUCAGUAAGAGUUCUAAACUCAUUUCUAGCAAGACAAAAACGAGUAAAAAAAAUAGGAAAAUGAUUUUUUGAGUCCUGAUGCUGUAGAAGCACAAAAAAAGAGAAAAAAUUUAUUGAACUCGAUGCUGUUUUCAUAAAGUUAAAAUUAAAGUGAUUACUAGGGUUUUUUAAAAAAACCUUAAAUCUGUUCAAAGUUUGGCUACGAAGAAAAAAAUUUCUAGCGUUUCGGGUUUCUUUUUUUAUACAAAACUGUCUUUUCGAAUCAUAUUUGAAGGAUCCUGUAAGUUUUUAUAGUUAAAAAAAGAAAAAAAUGGGAUUUAUAGAGCAAAAAAAUCGAAAUUCAAAAAUAACAACUGUGACUUCAGAAAAAAAAGUUAAAAAGGGAACAGCAAGAAAAAAACCUAUUCCCAUGGUCUGGUGUUCAAAUCCCUCCAAAUACCUUACAACUAUUGGUUGUCCAAGCUUAAAACGCUUUUUUUAGUGUACGGCGGACCUCAAGGAGCACAGCCACAAACCCCGCAGACGCCCCAGGCUCCUUUCACUCCAAAUGGUCGGUUUUUUUUUGCCGAUCUUUCAUAAAAGAAAAGUUUCAGGAUCGAGAUUCUCUCAACCGACGCCUUCGCCUCACUACGGUAGCGUCGGCGCCCCUGCUCCGGACCUCCGAUCUCCGACUUUGAUGUCGCCGAAUCAGCAGCCCAUGCAGCCGAAUCCCAACCUUCCCCGGGUCAUUUCAACUGGUAAUGCUUCGAAAACUUUUAUUCGGGAAAAAAAAUUGGGCGCGCCCUAGCGCAACAGGUUGUGUGCCUGUCUACGGUCCGCAGGGUCACAAGUUCGAUCCCCGCCUCGACCCACCCAAGGGGUUUAAGAAAUGUGGGUAGUGGGAAACCACGACUUCAAAAUCCACAGCCGUUACACACAAAGACGGAUAUAGCUGAUUCACGGCCAGCUUGGGACGCUAAGGGGGCUGUCUGCGCUCUCCACGAGCCAUGCGCUGUCUCGUUCAUUAUCGUGUCAGGACCAUUCUUUCGAUGGCUCAAGCCAGCCGUGAAUCAGCUGUAUUUCACUCAAGCCAGUCCACUGAUCAUCACGGAAAUCAGAAUAGGACCUUAGCUAACCGACGCCGCUCAAGUGGUACAAAGGCGUAGGAAGAAGAAGAAGAAUGCUCCGAAAAAUUCCGCUCAAAAAAUCUCCUUUUUCAGUUUUCAGGAUAUUUCGAGACUUAUGCACUAUGGGAUUAAGCUAAACAUUAAAUUUUCUCUAAAAGUUUCAUUUGACAAACUUAACAUCAUCAUUAAAAGUCGUUCACAAAUGAUUUCAUGACUUGUGCCUUCUAUUUUUUCUCUGGAACAAAAAAAAUUAUCUUCAAUCUUAACUUUUUGCAGGCGAACUGGUGCCAACGGCCAUGAGAAUCCCACCGCAGAUGCCGCCACAAAUGGCCCAGCAGAUGCAGCAGCAGACCAUUCCGAUGACGAUUCCUGGCCACUAUUUCGCCCAGGAGCCGUCGAGCUUCCUCAAUGGUUUGUUCAUGAUGAAGUUUUCAUUAGAAAAUUGUUUGAAGUUGAGGAAAUUGUCGAAGAAACAUGAUUUUGAGCAUAUUUAGUGAUUAUUUCAAAUAGAUAAGAUCACCAAAAGAUCACUCGCGGUCGGUUUAUUAAGUUUUCUAAAAACUAAAACUUUUUGUUUAAAAUUCUGUUACCGGGGAAAUUUCUGAGAUCGAAUAAGAUGAGGUUUUGAGUCCAGUAAGUUUUGGAUUAUACUGAAAAGGCUCGAACUUUUUCGACUCUGAAGCAAUAAAUACAUGCUUUUUAAAGAAAAUACAACUUUUUAAGUUGGCAAAAAGAUUUUAUAAUCACAAAAAUGAAUGAAAGAUAAGCCUGAUCGAGUUAUGUGAUGAGAAAAAUGGACUUCCAGGUGCCCCUGGACUGUGUCUUCUCGGUUGCGUUUUCCACGUCUUCGACUCGGACCGACUCAUUUCGGAUAAACUCGACCUCCAGACCCUCAUCUUUGCUGUCAAGGUGGCUAGGAAUCAUUCAAUUCGAAUCAAAUCAAAAUCGAAAAUGUUUCAUUUUAUUUACACAAGAACUGAAUUGAAGGGAUAAAGUGUAGGAAAAUGUAGAUCAUAGGAGAUUGGGAUGGGAGAAAGUUUGAAAUUAAAACGGAAGAUGAUGAUUUUGAGAAUAACUUUUUUUGAAGUCUAGUGAAAUUUUUUUUCGCAUCAAGGAGUUCAUUUUUUUAACUGAGUAGAUAAUUCUUAUUUUUUUGAUCUCGAAGAAAAAAAUUCUUUGUACAGGAAGUAUAUAUAAGAAAAAUAAAUUGUGGAACCAAACGAAUUUUUUUGAAGUUUUUUUCGAAGAAAUUUGCGUAUCUUUUGGAUUAAUCUGGAAAAAAUUGAAAACAUUUUGUAACAUUGAACAGCAUGAACAAAUUGGAGAUUUUCUUGGAUCGAUUCAAAAAUUUUUGAGAAAAAUUUUUCAACUGUUUGUGUCCGAAAACGUAUUUUUUAUUAAGCGGCAAAAAAACUUUUUCUAGUUUUGUUCUGAAACCGCGAAGAUAGAAAAAUUUAUUUUUUUUCUUUUUGAAAGGUUAAUGUAUUUACGGAAAACCUUAAAGCGAGAAAUCAUUUAUUGAAACUUGGAAAGGUUUCCUGAACUCAUACGAAAAAUUACAGUUGUAAAAAUGGAAUUGACUGAAACGGACCUUUUUUUUGAAAAAACGAAAUUUGAAGGUUCAUGGCGGUGAGAUCGAAUUCGGGAUGAAGACCUACACUCCGGAAAGAAUACCUAUGAUUACCCACGUCAUUGCGGAUUCGAUUCGACCCCCGCAAGCUAGACAGGUGAGAAAUAUGAUGAGAAAAUCAACUUUGCAUGAGAUAGGUAAAACCGUUUGCUUUCGACUUUUUGCUUUUGAAUGAUUUCCGAUGUUUUCCUGCGCAAACCGUUUUGAGUCGCGCGCUGUUAAAAGGCCACAACCCGUAAAGACAACCUCUAUGCGAGAAACCUGUAAAAACCCUCAAUAAGCGUGCUUCUUUCACCUUCAUUGACUCUCAACGGAUGAAUCUAAUGCAUUCUAAUGUUCUAGCGGAAGUCCUUUCGAGUCGGGCGCAGUUUUUUAACCGCAAAAGCUGCAUUUUCUAUGCGAGAGACGGAAAAAACCCCUAAAAUGAGCACCCAAAAAUUGAUAAUUCAGAGAAAAAGUAUCCUUGUCUGAGUUUUUGAGUUUUUACUUCUCUCACACUCUUUUAAUUUUAACGGAUGACUUUUAUUUUUAACGAAUACUCUCUAGCAAAAGUCGUUUUGAUUCGGACGCGGUUUUAAAGCCGCCGCUAUCUCUAGACCUAUUUUCCGUGCGAGAAGCGUGUGAACACCCCAAAAAUGAACACUUAAAAACUGAUAACUCAGAGAAAAAUGUAUUUGAUUUUUUGUUUCUCUCACCCUUAAUCACUCUUACCAGAUGACUCUAUCACAAUGCGCUCCAGAGGAAGUCGUUUCAAGUCGGGCGCAAAAAAAAGAAAAAAAUUUAUAUUUUUAGGCCCUCGAGCACCGGAAACGAAUCGUGACCAUGCAAUGGCUGGUCGACGUGCUUCAAAACAAAAAAAUGGAUGUUCCAUGGAAGUUGGCUCAUUUGCCGUCGAUCUUCAGCGAAAAUUAUCGACCUCACUUUGGGAAGGUACUGAGGAAUUGUUUGCUACGGUAUCCAUUUUUUUUUCCCAGUUGAUCGCCUUGGCUGGCUUUGACGACACGGAAAGACCGGCGAUUCAGUUCAUGUUGGAGUCGCUUGGCGCCAAAUGCACCCCUUUUCUGGCCCGAUUCAACAAUUUGGUCAUCGCUAAAAGGUGCUUUUUUAAGUUUGAAUGGUGAAAAAUGGAAGAAAUUCUUUUCCAGAACAAAAAGGAAAGUAAUCUCCGGAAAAUUCGUCUACGAAAAAUUUAGAUAACUUUUUUCUGACUCCUUCAAAGUUCUUGAUUAAGCUUCAAUUUUUUUUUCAUAAUUUCUGGCUUCUAUGCGUCCUUUUCUCGCAGUCUGAAAGUCUCAGACUUAUCCAAUAACUUAUUCAUGCGUUGAAUGGAUCUUGAAAAAUUUCAAAUUUCGAAGUUAUAUAAUGAAUGGUCGCUUCAAAAAUCGAAUAGUAUUGAGUUUUUUUCUGUACCGUUGAAAGAAGAAAUGUGAUUAGAACUUUAAAUUUUAAUUGAAAAAAAUAAUAGUUAUUUUUUUAUUAUUAUGAAGCGCGGUCGGCUCAGUUUACUGUCCAAUUCAUUCGUUUAUCAAUCUUUUUUUCUCCAGUCCUACCGGAGAAAAGGUCGAAAAGGCUCGCGAAUGGGAGAUUCCGGUGGUGAAUUAUCAAUGGCUGGCGGAUACCUAUGUCAACGUGAGCCACAUGGUUCAGGAUCGGCCGGCGAUCGAUAAUAUCAGAUAUCAGGUACAUCGAAAAGAGAAACUCCGUGAAAAUGAAAAAGGAUUGCAGAUUGGCCAGCCAUCUUGUGGGGUUGUCCAGUCGCCGAUGGUCAUGGAGACCAUUUCCAACGAGAUGAAGGCUCUUUUGAGUGAGUUUUUUGGAGGGAAAUAUGUCUUUAGGAGAGAGCCAGUUUUCUGAGCUUCCAUGAGAAGUUUUUGAAACGAUCAAAAAUUUCUCCAUUUUGAAUUCCAAUCCUUUCAGUCCCCUGGAAGCACCCGAUCAUGCUGACCCAGGAGAUCGUGUACCGCGGCAAAGAGAACAGAAUGCGGCUGUCGGCCGACGAGUCGCAGUUCCCGAAUAUCCGCCUCAAAGCCCAGGGUCCGCCCCCGACCGCCGACGAGAUGGCCGAGCUGGAGAAGAAGCAGGAGCCCGACUCUGACAAGCCCAAGAUCGUCGUCGCCUUCGGAGGCUUCGACGAGGAGAAUUUGGAGGUCUUCGAUAAGGUAUGUGUAGAGUUUUUGAAAAACUGAGACUAUCCCCUUUAAAAUAGUUCGAGAAUUUUUGAAAACCCAAAAAAUAAGAAAAACCAGCUCUUUUAGUUUUGUAGUUUUUUUGGAUGACCCAAUUAUUGAUUUUUAAAAAUUUCUCUUUUCUGGAAUUUAGCACAGUACGGUAAAAAGAAAUGAAAAAGAAAACUUUUUCUCAAUUUUUUUGAAGUAGCUUUUUUUGAUUUAACAAUGAUGAAGCCUAGAGCACUUAUUCAGAAGAAAAAGAACAUUUUUUUCGCGUUUUUUUGGACCAUUAGUGGCCACUCAAGUUGAUAAAAUUCCUUUUUUAUAAAGAACUCUAGGUUCUGUUGCUCAGUUUGUUCAAGGUUCAGUUGAAGUUUAUCAUUUCCUAGGAUUUCUGUCAAAAUUAUAGAUCAUAAAAUUUGUUUUCAAACACUUUUCUAUCAUAAAAAUCUCAAAACACUCGCUUUGAUCGCUUAAAAAAAGAAAAAAACUUUUUCGAGUCCAGAAGAUGACUUGACUUGAACUUAGACAACUAGAAAGACCUCGAUUGAAAGGAAAUUUGGUUGAGACAGACUUUUCUAAAAGGAACCUUUUCAGAAAGUCCGAUACCUUGGAGGAAAAACGACGGAAAACCUCGCGGAAUGCACCCAUCUGGUGAUGGUGAGCGGUCGCCGGUCGAUCCGGCUCAUGGAAGGCAUUUUGAUGGGAAAGAACAUCGUCUCGGCUGACUGGAUCAUCCACAGCUUCGGCUACAAUCAGUGGAUGGGUCGGUUUUUCAGAAAUUUUGGAAAACUAGACAUGCAACCUUUGCGUAAACGUAAACGAGUAUUCCCGAAAAAUUGAAAAAACUGCGUUGUGUCAAAAUAAUAUCUUUUUUUAGGAGAUUUUGUCUUCUGUGGAGUAGCAUAAACUAGGAAAAAUUUAAGCAGUUAGUAUUUUUUUAAAGGUUUCGACCACCUUUCUUGUCCAAACCAGAAACAUGUGAAAUCAUAUAAGGAAUGGUAAAUUUUCCUCAAAAACUCUUUUGAAGGUCCUUGAAAACAGUGAUGAGCUUGUAAAUUUUUUUAAGAAAAAAAUAAUCAGUUUUUUUAAACUUGCUUAUAUUUUAGUGAAUGAGCCUCUUUUGGUGAAAUUUUUGCAAACUUGAACGCUUAUAAAUUACUCAAAGUUUCUUCAGACUCUUAUUGAGCACUGAAUUAUAAUAAGCAUGAGAAACUUUUUCUAGUAUACCUGAUAUCAUUCAAAAAUCCCAGUCGAUAAAGAUAAAAACUGUUAUUUUAACAUUUCCAGACACUUUCGACUAUUUCCUGCGCGACGAGGAUGUCGAAAGGCACUUGGGCUACUCCUGCAAACGGAGUAUCAUUCGGGCCAGGCAUCAUCAAGUUUUCGAGGUUUUCCAGAGAGUUCGCUGAUUUUCAAGAAGUGUAUUAUUUCAGGACGUGGUGUUCCACGUGACGGUUUCCGUGGAGCCGAGUCGCGACACAAUUUGUCACUUGAUUCGGCUCGGCGGCGGGAAAAUCGACGAGAAUCGCCCUUCGCCGGCUCAUAUCGGUAAGUUUUUGUAGAUCUUUAGAAGAACUGCUGUAUUAUCGGACUGUCAGAACAAAAACAUUUAAAGAUAUGAUCAAAAACGGAAAGUGAGAUUACACUGGAAUGGUCAUAUGAUGCCCAAUGUCUUAGGAACUCCAGAGUGGUCCCUAUAGGGGCAGCUCUAGGAGCUCUUGGUGGGUCUCUUCAGGGAAAACUUUACCAACCUCUACAGAGAGCAUUAAAGUUCGCAAAAAUGAUCCCUAUAGGGAAAACGUUAUUCAAUAAUUGUUAUGGACUCUAAGCGAAGAAGCAUUUCCAUGCGAAAAACUGAAUAAAUAAGCGUUUUUUUAUAAGAAGUGGAAAGACCCACAUAGGUCCACUUGAGCUUUAGGGGCUAAGGGGUCAGACGCCAAACCCCUAUAGGGGCCACUUUUUCGUUCCCUAGGGGGCUCUUUUUUCCCCUAAUCCCUAUAGGGGUCACUCUAUAAUUCCCAAGUCUCACUUUCGCUAUGUUUUACUUCCGCGGUAUACCUUCUCAUUUCUUUAAUCUAUAAUUUUCAAAAAAAUCAAAAUUUUUUUCAAAGUGAAAUUUGACUAUCUUCAGAAAAGAGUCUAAAGAUUCUCAUUUACAAGAGUUUUUCCAGUUCGAUGCGUUCAAACGGACUCGCCGUACAUCGUCAUCAGCUGUGACGUCGACGUUAAAGGCCUCCAAUACUUGACCGAUUGCAAUUUUCGUGAGUUUCCAUUUUUUUUUUACAAUAAACAGUUGGCUUAGUAACUUUUAAAAAGUGAGAAGAGUGAACAAACGGAGGUUUUAGUAAGAUUCGAAGAUAAAAUGUAAUCUUAAAAUGUUUUCAUCUCGGCUUGAAACGGCGGGGUGCGAUAUUAACUAUGCGCAAAGCGGUCGCGACGCGUUUUGGCGCCAAUUUAAAACUUUCCGUAUACUUCGGGGGUUUUUUAUGUAAUAGGUUAUUCAAAUUGAGUUUAUCUUAAAAAAAUAGGGGCUUUGAAAAGUUUAUCGAAUGAAGGAAGGUAAUUUUCUAACUAAGAAGUUCGCUGGUGCGAUACAUUUCAAAUUGCCGCCAAAAACGCGUCGCGAUCGCUUUGCAAGCCUAUUGAAAAUGCAACUUUCAAACUGGGGACUAUAAAUUUGUAGAAUAAAGUGCUAAAUGAUCAGGUUUAAUUUCUCCAUCACCCAAGUCUUUUUUAAUUUUUCACUUGUCGCGAACAGUUUUUUUUUUUUUGAAAGAAAUUUUAUUCUCGAACAUUGAUAACGCUGGAUGUUUCUGCGCAUUUCUAGUGACCACUUUGAGUAGCGUCACAACUCUUGAGUGCCUGGAACUUUCCAGAAAAGUUCCGCGUUCCAAUGUCCAAGUUAUUACCAUUAUCAUUACAGUGACAUUAAAAACCCAAAAUUUCAGCAAUCUACAACGUCGACCUGGUGCUGAUGGCCGUCAUGCGGCAGCAACUCGAGGCUCACCCCGCCUACCGGGUCCAUCAACCGGGCACCAACAUGCCGCCGCGCCCGAUCGGCCCGCCCCUGGUCCCGAUGGGCCCCCGGCCGCCUUCGGGCAUCCUGGAAUGCUCUACAGAGCCGCCCCAUUGUCCUCCGGACCUCCCGGCCAGAUCCUCCGUCAUGCUCCUUGAAUCUUUCGUAUUGAUCUUUUUUGAGAUGAUUGCCUUUUUUUGA